AUGCCUGCCAAGCCGUGGGCUGCUGAACAGGAGUUCCUGCAUGCGCUGCUGCUCCAGGUGCUCACGCUGCAGGUUCGCAUGCAGGGCUUGGUGCGGCAGCAGGAGCAGCAGCGGCAGCAGCAGCAGCAGCAGCAGGACCACGAGCAGCAUCAGGGGCAGCAACAUCACGAGCAGCAGCAGCAACAGCGCCAGCAGCAGAAGCAGGGUUGUUGGGGGGCUUCCAACCCUUCGUCUUCUGUGCCUGUGCUGCACCUCUACAAGAAGCAGGACGGCUCUUGUGUCACUGCAGCAGACUGGGCCUCCCAAGUAGCGAUCCUGAACACCUUGCGGCAGCAGUACCCCACAGACAGCUUCAUUGCUGAGGAGACAGCAAAUAUCUUCGCUCCACUUCUACCGCCUGAGGCCCUCUCCGGGGGAGGACAAUCAGCAGACGGCGGGGUAGAGAGCGCCGAUGCAGCAGCAGCAGCUGCAGCAGCGCAGCAGCAGCUCCUCAGCGAGCUAGGGCUUCCAAAGCAGAAGCAGGGAACAGAGUUUAUGAACGGGGGGCCCCCCUCUCACCAUGCUGCUGCUGGAAGACUGGCGCUGGGAGCCCCAGCCCCAACUAGAUCUCUUGCGGCAAAGGGUGACCGCAUGCAGCUGCUGCGGGAGGUUGUGUGGCUGCUGUCUGAGGGGGCCCCUCAGCACCUGCUCUCUCUUUUGAAAGACGGGCUCAAGGAAGACCCUGCAGCAGCAGCAGCAGUAGCAGCAGCAGCAGCAGCGGCAAACUCGACUGCAGCAAGAGCUGCGAGAACGGAGGACCUGAGCAGACACCUGAGGGCACCUACGGAGGAGACAAGGAUCGGCAACUGGGGGGGCCCUGCCACCGUCAUUUUCCUAAGGGGGCUCCAGCGGCUGCUGCGGCGUCCGGGUGUAUCCGAAAGGCAGGGAAUACCUGCUGGCACGUCAGCAGCAGCAGCAGCAACAGCAGCAACAGCAGCAACAGCAGCAACAGCAAGAGGGGACAUGAAAGAUGCGCAGCAGAUGCGCUGCUGGCUCGUUGACCCCAUUGAUGGGUCGCGAGGUGUCUUUGGAGAGGAGCGAGGCUUUUGCUUUUCAACAGCUGUUGCUCUCUUGGUAGGCCCGCAGCAGCAGCGGCAGCAGCCGCAACAGCAAGAGCAGCAGCUGCAAGACUACCGGCAGCAGCAGCGCACCUCUUCUUCACUCCAGACGUCCAUCCGGCCUCAGCAGCAGCAGGAGCAACAACAACAACAGCAGCAGGAACAGCAGCAGCAGCCAAAGGUAGUGCUGGCUUCUAUCUGCUGCCCUUCCUACGACUUGUGGCGCAGCAGCGGCAGCAGCAGCAUUUUGCCGUUCUGCACACCCACGGGCCCUCUGAACCCUUUGCGCAGCGACGGUGCUCCGUCUCCCGACCCCUCGGAGCCCGCUGUUGCUGCUGCUGCUGGUGCUGCAGCUGGUACUGCUGCUGCUUGUGCUGCUGCUGCUGACGCUGCUGGCGGCUCUAUUGCUGCUGCUGCUGAUGCUGGACCUGUGCCUCCUGAAGGCUGUGGCGUCUCAGAUGCACGUGCAGGUGUCGGCGGGGAUGGGAGGGGGGCCCCUGGGGCCCCUCAGGGGGCCCCGGUGCCCCUGCUGUGCGCUGAACACCUGCGGGGUUGUGUGCUGACGACAGUAGAGGGCCUCCCUGCAAGGCUCACGGUGCGAGACGUGCUCACAGGGGCUUUGCUGCACCUCAUGCAGCAGCAGCAGCAGCAGCAAGGGGCUCUGUUUCUACCGAUGACAGACUGGCCGCUGUGUGGCAACCCUUGUCACCGAGGGAACGGGUUCUCCUCUGCAGCAGCAGGAGAAGCACCACCAGGAUCAGCAGCAGCAGGAGAUGCAGCAGCAGGAGCAGCAUCUAUGCCUUCGUCCCCCUUUCGCUGGACAGUAUCAGCGCCGAACUACCAGCAGACGCAUCCGUUGCUCGAGCAGCAUUUAUCGGAGCCCUUUACGGCAGCAGAUAAACCCUCGCUGCGGUCUCCUAAUAGAGGCUUCUUGAGACCUUCAAGCACAUGGGGGCCCCUUGAGGGCCCCCAAAGGCCCCCGGAGGACGGGGGAUUGCUGCCUACAAGGGGCGAUUCCCCAGGGGGGCCUUCGUCGAACAGCAGGAAGAAGCCUCUACAGAGGGGCCCCCAUAGUGGGCCCACCCCUGUGGGGGCCCCUAGAGGGCAGCAGUUUCUGUCGUUGAGGUGCGGGCAUGUAGUGAAAUACCUCGCUGUCGCUCUAGGCCAUGCGGAUGCAUUUUUGCUGCUGCCAGCCUCCCGCGCGGAGGGCUCCAGCAACAGCGGAGGGGCCCAGGCGUCGUGCCUUAGCAGUUACCAACAGCAGCAAAAGGAGCUGCAGCAGCAGCAGGAGAAGGCUGAGGGGGCGCAUUGUCUUGAGAAAACGGAAGGAGAGAGAGGGGGCCCCUCACGGGUUGAGGGGCCCCUGCAACGAGAAGGCACUGCAGUGUCUCCUCACAGGCCCCUGCUGAUGGUUUGGGACCAUGCAGCAGGAGCAGCAGUAGUGGAGAUGCUGGGGGGCCUCGUGCUAGACUCGAAUAAAGGGCGAGUGCAAGGCUAUUGCUACCUGUCUCCUGUCUCCGCGGAUGUUGCCAGUCCUGUUGCUGUCGGUCUCCCGAAGCCCAUGCAGCAGCAGCAGCAGCAGGAGCACCGCGGGCCUCCUCUUGCACCGCAACAAUCAGCAGGGGCCGCCCAGCACAAGACGAAGGGCCCCCAUAACGGUGAACUGGGGGCAUCAGCAGGGUCUCCUUUUGAGCUGUACAAGGGCCCCCCAACGGCAUUUGUCUUAAGGGGUGGAGCUCUGGUUGCUGCUCGUAGCGCAGAGGCUGCUGCUAGAAUCUUUGCUGCGCUAAAGGCCCUACAUGCCUGA